AUCGUCUGAGACGACAUCCAUUUUGUCAAUCAUGUGAUGACAGUAACAACAUCCGCUGAACUCUCCUCUCUUGCAACACACCGGAAGUAAUCAAACUUAUUAGAGAUAUUAUUUACCCGACAGAUAAACAUGCAGCGAGAAGAAAAACAGUUAGAAGCCGCUUUAGAUACAAUCACACAGAGAAUUUCUGAUUUGAAAAAUUGUAUUCACAGUUUUCUGAUGAAAAUAGAACAUGAAUAUGCUUCGAUGUCAUGGCCAAAUGCACUUGAUAAUUUUGCCUUGCUCUCAGGACAGCUGAAUUCAUUGACACGAUUAUUAAAAAGUGAAAAAAUCCCACCUUUGAAGAAUUAUGUCUUACUACCACUUGCUCUUUCUCCAGAUAAAGAUCCAGAACUUGAAAAACUAACUGAAGGCCGAUUAAUGAUUUUCAAUCAUGAAGUUGUUCCUGUAUACCUACGAACCAAACCAGAACCUGAAGUUGAAGAGAAGUUCAAUGAACUUACCUGUCGGUUAGGCCCUAGCAGCCAUGAUACAACACAGCCGUACAUGCUGUACAGCCAGGGCAAAGGAAUAAAGAAUGAAAACAUGUUAGUUGAGGACGCAACAGUAACUAGAAAACAAUUAAAUUCUCUAAACAAAAUCACCAGCAACAUCAUUGACAUCAUCAAUUCUGCUCGAGAAGAAUGGGAAAGCGAAGCAAAUCAGAAAUCGGCACAGCCACAGACAUCUUCAAUGGCAGAUACCAAUACUCUAAUUCAGGCCAUCACUAUUGGAAAAGGUCUCAAACAACCGACACCUCGACGUUCUGAGAAUUCUCAUCAGAAUAACAACAUUAAUACUCAGCCACAGACUCAGAAGCCACCAGCUUCCACCAAUAUUUCUAAAGCUCCAAGCACUAUCAAGACUAACAUCAAAGCAGCCUCCAGUCAUCCUUACCAGCGUUCCUGAGGUAGUAUUUGAAACUGUGUGCAAAGAAAAAAAACGCACAUCUAUAUCUCAACAGAUAUUACUACAGUAUUUCUGACUGCUAACUUAAUGAAGGUAACAGAAAAGAGGAUCUAUAU